AUGAAUAAGGGUGGAAAAUACCCUCUAUUUUUGGCAUCUGCGAGUUUAUCCACAUAUUUUUUACUUUUGCAAUUUGAGAUGAUCUAUUUAAUCACUUCUUACACCUAUCAGUCAUUCCUUCACGGAGGAAAGCAGUCCCAUGCUGUUUAUCAAAAGUAUGCUGAGCGCGUCGUUGCUCCUGGAUGCUACGGAGAAUGUGAAUAGCGUGACUAGUUGAUAAACAAACAAUAAUCUCAAAUU